AGAUAUAAAUUAAAUUAAAAACAUUAAAAAAUUAAAAUUUACAAUACUGAAUAGAGUUAAAACAAAUAAAGAAACAUGAUGCAAAGAUAACUAGCUUCAAAAUUAGUAAGAUUUUUCAACAGUGCUGCUAGCUCUGCCAACACAGGAGCUCAAUACAGAUCAGACAUGAAUAAUUAAGGAAAACAAAGAACUGAAGCUCCCAAAUUCAUUACUGAAGAAGAUAUUAACAAGAGAGUUAUCAAUGCUGAGUACGCCGUAAGAGGUACUGUACCAACUCGUGCAGGAAAAAUAAAAUAAUUGCUCAAAGAAGGUUCUCAUAACUACCCUUUCAAUUAAUUAACUGAGUGUAAUAUUGGUAACCCUCAAAUUUUUGGUUAAAAGCCUAUCACUUUUAAUAGACAAGUUCUUUCUACUAUUUUGAAUCCCGAAUUAGUUAAUAGUGAAGUCUAUAGCAAAGAUGUUAGAGCUAGAGCUAAAUAUUAUUUAGAGCGUAUGGGCAGUACUACAAUUGGUGCAUACUCUGAUAGUGCAGGUCAUAUUUUCAUUAGAGAAUCUAUUGCUAAGUACAUUGCUAAGAGAGAUAACCACCUUAUCCCACCAGAUGUUAAUGAUAUCAUCCUCACUGAUGGUGCCAGUCAAGGUGUUCAAAUUUGCUUAAAUGUACUUAUUUCUGAUUCUAGAGAUGGUAUCAUGAUUCCUAUUCCUCAAUAUCCACUCUACUCUGCCUCAUGUACUCUUGUAGGAGCUUCAGAAGUUCACUACUUUUUAGAUGAAUAAAAGGGAUGGUCUUGCUCUGUUGAAGAAUUAAAGAAACAACACAGAGACGCUAAAAUGCAUGGCAUCAAUCCUAAAAUUCUUGUUGUAAUCAACCCUGGUAACCCUACUGGCUAGGUAUUAAGCUACGAUACCAUCAAGCAAAUGAUAGAAUUUGCUUAUGAUCAUAAGAUGGUUAUUUUUGCAGAUGAAGUCUACUAAGAUAACAUCUACACUCCUAACAAGGAAUUCGUCAGCUUUAAGAAAGUUCGUUCUGAAUUACCUUAUCCUUAUAACAAUAUUGAGCUAUUUUCUUUCCACUCUACUUCUAAGGGUCUUCUUGGAGAAUGUGGUUUGAGAGGAGGUUACUUUGAAAUGUGUAACAUUGACUCUCGUGUCAAAGAAGAAAUUAUUAAGCUCAGAUCAAUGUUCUUGUGCUCUAACACUGUUGGUUAAUGCACUACUGAAUUAAUGUGCAAUCCUCCUACACUUUAAAAUGCUAGUGCUGAAACUGUAGAGUAAUAUAAUAAUGAAAGAAAUGCUCUUUUGGAAUCUCUUAAAAGAAGAGCCCAAAUUGUCACUGAAUCAUUAAAUAAAAUGACUAAUAUAACCUGCCAAGAAGUUGAAGGAGCAAUGUAUGCAUUCCCUUCUAUUAAGUUCGGUAAAAAAGCCCUUGCUGAAGCUGCUAAAAAGAAAAUGGAACCUGAUCUUUUCUACUGCUUAAAUGUUCUUGAAAACACAGGAAUAGUCCUUGUUCCUGGUAGUGGUUUUAGACAAGAAGAAAACACAUAUCAUUUCCGUAUAACUACUCUUAUCCUUGGAGAGGAUCGUCUUAGAGAAUCUAUGGAAGCUCUUAAAAAUUACAAUGAAAAAUUCCAUAAAGAAUACUGUUGAAAUAAAUUUAAUUAGAAUAUUGAAUAAGUAAAAAAAAUAUUAG